CUGACAAAUUUUAUCCCUUAGCUUUGUCUUUUUAUACUUUUAUGUCACGUCUCUUGUGAGACGUGAAGAGAGGGAAUCAAAAAUUUGUCUUCUGACAAAUUUUAUCCCUUAGCUUUGUCUUUCCAUACUUUUAUGUCACGUCUCUUGUGAGACGUGAAGAGAGGGAAUCAAAAAUUUGUCUUCUGACAAAUUUUAUCCCUUAGCUUUGUCUUUCCAUACUUUUAUGUCACGUCUCUUGUGAGACGUGAAGAGAGGGAAUCAAAAAUUUGUCUUCUGACAAAUUUUAUCCCUUAGCUUUGUCUUUUUAUACUUUUAUGUCACGUCUCUUGUGAGACGUGAAGAGAGGGAUUUGUAAGAAAUUGAAAUAGAGACUGGAAACUAGCAAUAACUACACUUCAACAUAAGCCAUAUAUUAUACAAAAACACACAUACUCCUCAUUUCUCUUGGAUAUAUGCUGGACUUAAGACACCAACUAUAGACACACAUAAUUCCCCUCCCCCAUAAUAACCACAGACACACCCAACCCAUGGUUGGACCUCAGGACAAAGAACUCUCAGGAACCAAUGGAACGUGGACACCAGGCCUGAUCAGGACUACCCAAGACCCAGAUCGACCAACCGGAAGGCCGGACUCGCAGAUCUACCUACUUUGCUUGUUGUCUAUAUAGUACUGAACAUUUCUGGAAACUGCCUCUUUCCCGGACGAUUCACUAGGAGUCAGACUGGAAGAGCCUUGCUGCAAGAUUUUACUAAGAUAUCUUUACAUGUAAUUAAACGGCCUUAUUAUAAAAUUAUCCACCUCGUCCUAUUGUCUCCUCUUGUUCUCCUGUCAACAGUAAACGUUUUAUUAACAUGACUCAAAUAUGCGAACGUUAAAUGCUAAUGAAUUUCCAAUAUUUGGUUCAAUCAAUGUUUCUUAUGGCUUGUACCUGGGACUUUUAUUUUUCGAUGGCGCGUACUUGUCAUCUAGCUAGACAGUUUUGCUCACUGCCAUUGGCUGUUGGCGUAUCCAAUGAAAUAGAGUGUUGGUGUCUUCCUUACAGCCUCCCAUGCGUGUGAGUGCGUGUUAGCAAAGCAACACAAUGCUUCGCCGAGAGACGAGACUGAGACGGGAGUAUCUGUAUAGGAAGGCCCAGGAGGACAGAGUGCGGACGAUUGAGGAGAAGAAACAGAAGCUGAAAUCUGCUCUUGAUGACAAUCGUCUCAUCCCUACGGAGGUACGCAGAGAAGCAGUACAGUUACAGAAAUUGCUGGAGUAUGACGAUGAGGGAGCGGAAGGUGUCAGUUCUCACAUGGAUGAUGAGUAUAAAUGGGCUGGAGUGGAGGAUCCAAAGGUCAUGGUCACAACGUCAAGAGACCCCAGCUCUCGACUCAAGAUGUUUGUCAAAGAGGUGAAGCUGAUCUUUCCAGGCGCUCAGCGUAUGAACAGGGGAGGUCAUGAGAUCAAUGCUCUGGUACAAGCCUGUAAAGCCAACAAUGUUACAGACCUGGUCAUUGUUCAUGAAACCAGAGGACAGCCAGAUGGGCUGGUGGUGUGCCAUCUACCUUUUGGACCAACUGCAUACUUCACCCUUUACAAUGUGGUAAUGAGACAUGAUGUGCCAGACAUUGGAACCAUGUCUGAAGCCUACCCCCACCUCAUCUUUCACAACUUCUCCUCACGACUUGGCCAGAGGGUUUCCAAUAUCCUCAAGUAUUUGUUCCCAGUGCCUAAAGAGGACAGUAGACGAGUUAUCACAUUUGCCAACCAGGAGGAUUUUAUAUCUUUCAGACAUCACACUUACAAGAAAACGGACCACAAGAACAUUGAGUUGUCAGAAGUUGGGCCCAGAUUUGAAAUGAAAUUGUACAUGAUCAAGCUUGGUACCCUGGAGAAUGAGGCUACAGCGGACGUUGAAUGGCGCCACCACUCGUACACACACACUGCCAAAAAGAGGAAGUUUCUCAGCGUGGAGUAGCCUCAACCAGUAUUCCCCUUUCAUGGACCGCUCAUGGCAAAAGCAGCCCAACCACAUAGUUGCAUAAUGCUGUGUUAAGUUUUACACACCAUUCCUCGGAUAUGUAUUUCAUGUUAAUAUGGUGUCAGACCAUGGAUGAUUUCAUGGAAACAGACUCUACCAGACAAGUCAUGUAUAAUACAAACUAGAUUUUGACUGGACUGAAUAUACAUUUUUACUUCAGUGGUUUUGUACUACAUAUGGGUCUUUAUAUAAAUGAAGGGGCCAAUGUGUGACAUCAGGGUAAACAUUUCUAAAUGGUUUGAUAUACAUGUGAUUUUCUUGCAGCUUCAAAUGUGUAGUUUCAGGAAUACGAGUCUAGAUAAGCACAAUGAGACCAUAACUACUAGCAACAACAAAACAUCUACAUGUCAUUCAAAAUGUCACAUGAAAACUGCAUGUUUCUUUGUCAUGCCUAGUAGGCAUGUCUGUUUGUGCUUUAGUCAACUUCUCUAAAAUGUAUAGCCAUGCUAAACCUUCCAGAAGAAUGAAAAAGAUAACAGCAUUUCAAUAUUUUUUUAGUCGUUUAUUUAAUACAAUGGGUUCUGUAAACAAAAUGAUUGACAAUAACCACAACAAGAAAUGUUCACUGGUACCCAAGUUUAGAGAAAGACACAAAUUUGGGCUCCUGAGUUGCACAGCGGUCUAAGGCACUGUAUCUCAUGGCAAGAGGGGUCACUGCAGUCUCUGGUUCAAAUCCAGGCUGCAUCACAUCCGGCCGUGAUUGGGAGUCCAUUUGGGCGGCGCACAAUUGGCCCAGCAUUGUAAAUAAGUAUUUGUUCUUAACUGACUUGCCUAGUUAAAUAAAAAUAAAUAUGGACUGUAUCUGAGCUAGUGACUUGCCCAGAGAUGAUCAACAUGUGAAAAUAAAAGCAGUCCCAGGUUUUAA